AUACGCGUUAAUUGAUGAGACUUUAUAUAUGUCAACUAAGAAAUUACGUGGUACGAACAAAACGAAUACACAUAAAUCUAUCGAAAAAAUUGGAAGACCCAACAGAAAAAAACACUUUUUCGAUGGUUUAAAAUUAGUUUAGUCGUUCACAUAUUUAGCAUCGGCCAAAUUGAAGGAUGGCAAAUAAAAUCUGGGACGAAUUUGAAAAGUUCUAUUUUUUUUGUUUGGAAGUUAAAUAAAAUGUCAGUAGAGAUGCGGGCACUGGGCUUGUCAGUGAUUAGUAUUUUACUAACGUCAGCUGUUAUCGGAAAUGCAUAUUAUCAGAAAAAACAAUUCUAUCCAUCGGUUGUUUACAUUACCAAAUCGAAUCCUAGCAUGGCGGUCAUUUAUGUUCAAUCGCUAGUCGGGGUUUUGAUGAUGGGCAAACUCAUGAAAAAGAUAUUUUUCGGUACAUUACGAGCGGCGGAGUUUGAACAUUUAAUGGAACGUUUCUGGUACGCCCUAACCGAGACCUGUUUGGCGUUUACAGUGUUUCGAGACGAUUUCAAUCCAAAGUUUGUUGCGCUGUUCACGGUGCUGUUGUUUUUAAAAUCAUUCCAUUGGUUGGCUGAAGAGCGCGUCGAUUACAUGGAAAGAAGUCCAGUGAUUGGUGUGCUAUUUCACCUACGAGUUUCGUCAUUACUCACCGUAUUGGGUUUGAUGGACUACUACAUGAUCUCACAUGCAUACGAAUUGACGAUGGCAAAGGGUGCUACAGUCCAAUUGGUGUUCGGAUUCGAAUAUGCAAUUCUAAUCACCAUGAUUGCUAAUAUCGCCAUCAAGUAUGUGUUGCAUGCGGCCGAAAUGAGAGCAGACACGCCAUGGGAAAAUAAGGCGGUAUUUUUGCUUUACACCGAACUGGUGAUUGGUUUCAUUCGAGUUGUACUCUAUGUUUUGUUUGUUGCCAUUAUGGUGCGGAUAUACACGUUGCCAUUGUUUGCUUUUAGACCGAUGUAUUAUACUAUGAGGAAUUUCAAGAAGGCGUUGAACGAUGUCAUUCUAUCACGACGUGCCAUUCGCAACAUGAACACUCUCUAUCCAGACGCAACGCCAGAAGAAUUGGCAUUGUCUGACAAUAUUUGCAUCAUUUGCCGCGAAGAUAUGGUCAACACAUCGAAGAAACUCCCUUGUGGCCACAUUUUCCAUACCGCUUGCUUGCGAUCAUGGUUUCAACGACAACAAACUUGUCCAACUUGCCGCUUAAAUAUCCUACGCAACACAAACUCACCCACGGAGCAGGCAGCUCAAAACGAUGGCAUGGAUCAAUUGAACAACAACAAUCAAGCGAAUGCAGCAAAUGCAAAUACAGCUGCUGCUAACGCAAAUGCCCAAAACAACAACAAUAACGCAAACAACAUCUUCAAUGCACAUCCAAAUCCAUUUGCGAACAUUUUGAAUGCGCAAUCAAAUGUCAACAAUCCAUUCUCAGCGAAUCCAUUUUCGACCAAUCCACUUCAAUUCAAUCCAUUUGCAUCUGUUCCGAUGAAUCCGAUUCCACCACCUCCGAUACCAGCGUUUGCAUUCACUCCACCUCCCACCAUACCGACCAAUCUGGAACAAUUGUCGGAUGAAGAGCUUCGAUUACUUGAAGGAAACGAACGACGUAAUGUUGAAGAGCGCAUCAAAUUGCUCAAAAAUAUCCAACUGUUAAUGGACGCAUCAGUGGCUUUGAUGAAUCAAUACGCAAUAAUAUCAGCCCAAUUUCCACCACUUCAAACCAAUCCAACUCCAUCUGCAUCAAGUGCAACAACAACUCCAACGGAAGCAGAUACAGGCACAGCUACGACGUCCGAUAGUGUAGAAACGACAAAAUCGAACAGUGAAGAGAAAAAACCGAUCACACCAUCGAACACCACCGAUGAUGAAGCGGGUCCAUCCACAUCACAGAAAAGUAGCUCGAUUGAGACAUUGGAAGUUGAUGGGAAUGUUGUGACUAUCGAAGACAUUGGUGAAAAUGAUUCAUCGGACCCAAACGAUCCAAUCUCUGAAGUACGAAGGCGACGAUUGCAACGAUUCGAAUCGAGCACCCAAGAAAGUUAGAACCGCUAAGUUUGGAUCUUUUUCAUAGACCAUUUAAGUAAAUUAAGAGAAAAGAAAAGGAGAAGAUGAAUAUGUUUAUCUAGUAAUUUGAAUUUUGUGGUCAAGUAAAUCAUAAGCAAACAAGAAAAUCAAUUCGAUGGAGUGAAUGCAAAAAUUUGCAAUGUAACGAAUUUUUUUUGCCAAUGAUUAAAAACAAAAACACUGACGAUAUAAUAUUCGAACAUUGUUGGCAAUUAAACCUUAAGAUAUAUGCAAUACAAAUUCACAAUGAUUUAUCAUUUUUUUUCGAGAGUUGAUUUGUUAAUUUGCAUGAUAGAGAUCGAGUGAAUGAUUGAAUGAAUGUGUAAGCACUUUAUAUCUAUUGCCGUGUAGGAGCACGCUACGAGAAAAUUUGAAUCCCACAGUUACGGUUUGAGUAUACAGUUUUACUGGCACUCACACCGGACCGUUGUUUAUUCAGGCAUUUUUGAAAAAUUGGCAAAAAGACAAUUGUGAUUGAAACCUAAUAUGCGUAAUUCAUAAGAACUUUUAUUAUCAUUCUUUUUUUUUAUUUAUAAAAAAAAACAACUUUCAUCAUAUAAACCAAUACACUAAAGGAUUGCGUGCUUAAAUCCCAUCAAUAAGAAUACAAUUCAAUAAAUGUAUGUAACUAUAACGAAAACA